AUCAUAGACAUUUUCCACACGAAACAUUUGUUAAAACAUUGCCUUAAUUUUUUCAACAAAUCUUCUAUCUCUUAAAAUCACAAGACCAUGCAUGUUCACCCUCAUGUGGAAGAAAGAAAAAAAAGUGUAAAUAUAAAUCUUAUCAUCAUUGAUGGUUAAUUCUAUUUGCAAAUUUUGUUUAAGUCAACAAUGGAUGGAUUCUUGAAUGCUGACCUUUCAAGCAGAACUUCAAUAGGUGUAAUUAGAGAUUAUAACAUUUUCUAUUACUUGGAUAAGGAAAAUUCCAACACAUAAGAUUUGUCAUAAUAUGUCCAGUGACAAUAAGAUGAAGGGUCUCCUUAAAGGUCUGAGAAUCCUUUCUCAGAUAUUUGAUGAAAAAGAACAAGAAAUUGAGAUUGGUAAUCCCACGGAUGUAAAGCAUGUGGCACAUAUUGGAUGGGAUGGUCCUACUGAAAAUAAUAAUCCCAGCUGGAUGAACGAGUUUAAAUCUACCUCAGAACGAUCAUCAGGACCUUUAAAUAUGAAUGGAGACAAUCAUUCUAAAGAACUUGAUGAUUGGGCCUCCUGUGAUUCAAUGGAAAGAAGUUCAAAGUCGAUGAAUGAUCCAGAUGAUACACAUGAGUUGCCCUUACCUAAAUCAUCUAAGCAAAAAUCUCAUUCAGGAAACAUGAGAGAGUCACAUGCAAAGGAAAAAUCAGACAAACCAAGGCAACCAAAAAAGCAUUCCAAACAUUCAACACCAAAUGAUUCAUUCAAUGAAUCCAAACACAAAACAACAGAACAACCUAUACAAAAAGAUACAAACUCCCUCCAAAUCCAAGGGAAUACUAAUGAUAAUUUACCACCUAGGGUCCAAUCAGACAAUCCUAAAACGACUCAUUCUAAGAAAACAAAAGAUGUUCAAGGUGUUAGUGGAUCAUCUAAAUCAAGAUCAAAAGCACAAGUUAAGGAAUCUAAUUCCAAUGAAGUUACACAUUCUAGAUCCAGUUCCAAAUCCAAGGAAUCUAAUUCUAAUGAAGGUACACAUUCUAGAUCAAGUUCCAAAUCUAAAGAGUCCAAUUCUAAUGAAGGGGCACAUUCUAGACAUAGUUCCAAAUCUAAGGACCCAAACUCGAACGAUGGAUCUCAUGCAAGAACGAGUUCUAAAUCUAAAGACUCGAACUCCAAAGAAGGACCUCAUUCUAGGUCAAGUACCAAAUCUAAGGACUCGAACUCGAAUGAAGGAGAUCUUUCUAGACCAAAUUCCAAACCUAGGAAUAAACAUAGACUCAGUGAAGAAGGUGGACAACUUAAAGAGAGGAUCCAAUGAAAAUAUAAUGACAAAUUAUCCAAACUAGAGAAAUUUUGUACUGCUAAUUGGAAUGUUGCAUACCCCAAAAAACUGUAAUGUAUCUUAGUGCCCUGCCUAGGUUAGAUUAUUAAUGUACAGAUAUAUUUAUACAACAAGUAGUAAAUGCACUAAGUACUAAUUAAUGUAAAACUAAACAACAAUUGUGUCGAUAAUCAGUAAAACAAUUACAUAUAUUUUCA